AAUUUAUGAUCAUCCCAUCCACAGGCCCGCCUUUCACGACUUCAUUUCCGAUCGAGAUCGUCCCGGAUGACUCAGACGCACACAGCGACGAGCGACCGGCAGUUUCCGCCCAGAGAUGCUGCUGCUGAUGCGGGCAUCGUCUCAUCCAGCCAUGCCGCAGGGAAACGGCUGAAGGUGAUGCCGCAGCGGGCGUGUUUUUGUCCUCACCACCACCAUCAGCAGCAGCCGUAUACGAUCUCCUCACCUUGACCGGACAGAAGGCGCAGUGAGGCGGCAUUGGAGUGCAGCAAAACAAGGGUGGAACCUUUUUUUUGCACGUGGGUCAUCCCUCACCAUGCGGAGACCAAGACUCCAGUGAACCAAGACCAGACCGAGAGUGACAUCCCCCCAACAUCCACCCGUCAAAGACAACUUUCUUCCUGGACUAGAAAUUUUGGGCAUGAGCGGCUUGACAGUCAAGCUGGACCCCCGCCGGGUCCAAUGGGGCGCCAUGUGGCACACCUUUACGUCACGUGUCUUGAGGACCAAGCCCGUGGAGUCCAUGCUGGACUCGGCAACGUCAGGCACGGGCCCGCACGGCACCCGGCUGGCCCGCGUGCUGUCCACCGUGGACCUGGUGUCGCUCGGCGUGGGCAGCUGCGUGGGCACGGGGAUGUACGUGGUGUCGGGCCUGGUGGCCAAAGAGAUGGCGGGCCCCGGCGUCAUCGUGUCCUUCAUCAUCGCCGCUGUGGCCUCCAUCUUGUCCGGAGUGUGCUACGCCGAAUUCGGCGUUCGUGUGCCAAAGACCACCGGCUCGGCCUACACGUACAGCUACGUGACGGUGGGCGAGUGCGUGGCUUUCUUCAUCGGCUGGAACCUGAUCCUGGAGUACCUGAUCGGCACGGCGGCGGGCGCCUCGGCGCUCAGCAGCAUGGCCGACUCGCUGGCCAAUCACAGCAUCAGCGGCUUCAUGAUCAAGCACGUCGGAACCCUCAACGGCUUUGGUAAAGGAGAGCAGUCGUAUCCGGACCUGCUGGCGCUGGUGAUCGCGCUGCUGGUGACUGUCAUCGUGGCGCUGGGUGUGAAGAACUCUGUGGGCUUCAACAACGUGCUGAACGUCAUCAACCUGCUGGUGUGGCUCUUCUUGAUGGUGGCCGGGCUCUUCUUUGUCAACGGGGAGAACUGGGACCACGGCAGGUUCUUGCCUUUCGGCUGGUCGGGGGUGAUGCAAGGCGCCGCCACGUGCUUCUACGCCUUCAUCGGCUUUGACAUCAUCGCCACGACGGGAGAGGAAGCCAAAAGUCCCAACACGUCCAUCCCGUACGCCAUCACCGCCUCGCUGGUCACGUGUCUGACGGCGUACGUGUCGGUGUCCGUCAUCCUGACCCUGAUGGUCCCCUACGACCAGAUCGACGCCGACGCCCCCUUGAUGGAGAUGUUCGCCAUGCACGGCUGCAUCUUCGCCAAGUACAUCGUGGCGGUGGGCUCCAUCGCCGGCCUCACGGUUUCGCUGCUGGGCUCGCUCUUCCCCAUGCCCAGGGUCAUCUACGCCAUGGCGGGCGACGGCCUGCUCUUCAAGUUCUUGGCCCGCGUGUCUUCCUACACAGAGACCCCCGCCGUGGCUUGCGUGGUGUCGGGCUUCCUGGCCGCGCUUUUGUCCCUGCUGGUCAGCCUCCGAGAUCUCAUCGAGAUGAUGUCCAUCGGCACGCUGCUGGCUUACACGCUGGUGAGCCUGUGCGUGCUCCUUCUGCGAUACCAGCCCGAGGGCGAGAUCCACGGCUUCGUCAACUUCCUGUCUGAGGAACAAAACGUCAAGAGGAAGGAAGGCGUCCUGGCCGAGUGCGAGAAGGACGCCUGCUCGCCGGGCCGCGACGACCCCGAUGAGGCCACCAACACGUGCGGUGCCAAGAACCUGCCGUCCCUAGGCGACAACGAGAUGCUGAUCGGCAAACCCGACAAGAACGCCUACGCCGCCGGCCACCCCAACUACGGCACCGUGGACAUGGGCAGCGGCAUCGAGGCCGAGGAGUCGGAAGGCGGAGCCACGCGCCGGCUCAAGAAACUCCUAGGGCCCCGCUACUACACCCUGAGGAUUCGACUGGGUCUUCCGGGGAAGAUGGACCGGCCCACCGUCGCCACGGGGAAGACCGUCACCGUGUGUGUGCUGCUGCUCUUUGUCUUCAUGUUUGCUUUCUGCUCCUUUAUCAUAUUCGGCGCGAGCAGCAUCGAGGAAGGUCGCUGGUGGGCUGUGCUCCUCCUGAUCUUGUUGGUGGUGCUGCUGGCCCUGCUGGUGGUCAUCAUCCUGCAACAGCCGGAGAACCCCAAGCGGCUGCCCUACAUGGCUCCCUGCGUGCCCUUCGUGCCCGCCUCCGCCAUGCUGGUCAACAUCUACCUCAUGCUCAAGCUGUCGGCCAUCACCUGGAUACGAUUCUCCAUAUGGUGCCUUGUAGGCGUGCUCAUCUACUUCGGCUACGGCAUGUGGAACAGCACCUUGGAGAUCACGGCUCGGGAGAACGAGGCGCACGCUUCCACCUACCAGCGUUACGACCAAGGCGUGGACGAAGGCUUCUGCGGCUUCGACGACGACUUCUACCCGCCGCCCGAGCUCACGUCGGGCCCGGCGGGCAGAGCGCCGCAGGCCCAGCCCGAGAGCGAUGGGACGCCCGUUCGGAAGCCCGGCGCCGCCUCGGUGGAUGAGGACCCCGUGGAUUUCUGAAGGGAUGGAUCUUUUUUUUACUGCCUGGAGUGGCGGGAGUUUGGUGCAAGCGGGCAUGGCAGCAUGUGGAUGUGGGCGCGUUGCUGUUUGUGUGUGCACUCUGUGAGCCAGAUUGUCCCCCACUCCUUCUUUUGCAGCGUCCUUGGCCGGUUUGUACCACCCAAAAAAAAAAAAUAGCCACUUAAACACUGAUAGCUAAGUGCAGACAUGGCGGCAGAUAA